AUGGUUGAGAAGUUACCUACUGUAGGAUCGGAUAGAGAUUCUCUUAUAAAAGCAUACAUUAAGUACAUCCAACCGCUUCCUUGUCGUGAUGACCAAAGUACCAAUAAGUCGCUCUCUGCCCAAGAGCUGUCCAAUCGACUUCAGGUUCAAGCUUGCCAAUCAACAGGUGCGGCAGUUCACCGAUCACGCCUCAACUCUUCCCUGAAUAUUUCUAAAAAGCCAAAAGAAUGCGAUCUUGACAGUUUAAUAAUUUUUCAUAACCCCAAUUGGCCAACUAGUGGUGAAGCCACAGUGGAGUCAAAAAUCAAUGAGAAUGGGAAGAGACCAAUCCCCCAUUCUGAACCUCAUUCCCCCAAAAUCCCUCCCUCCUCAUCUUCUCUCUCACAGUCCCCUCUCAAACGACCCAAAAUCAAUCGGAAUUUCGAGGGUCUUGAAAAAUUUUUACGGAAAAAUAAAUUUUCUUGA